CCGGUACGUCUGCCUUCAAUAAUGAAAUCGUCUUUCACAGCUGAUCCGUGUUAUUAUCAGUACAGAUAGCGUCGUGUUUUGGAACAUAUAUGAGAUCGGACUUCAAGGCGAAUUUCCAGAUCGGGAGGUGUUGCUGUAGGACAAAGUGACUAAAAUUUAACGUAAUUACAGAGUAAAAGAUGGCGAAUCCUGAGAAUGAAGCGCCAUCAAAUGAGACCAGGAAGCCCUCAGCACGAGUGUUUACCCUGGCAGAGGUUUCGCAGCACAACACCGCCGAAUCAUGUUACAUGGUUAUUCACGAUAAGGUCUACGACGUCACUAAGUUCUUAGAUGAACAUCCUGGAGGUGAAGAGGUUUUGCUGGAGCAGGCAGGCGGAAAUACAACUGAAGCUUUUGAAGAUGUUGGCCAUUCAACAGAUGCACGAACUAUGAUGGCAGACUAUUAUGUUGGUGAAGUUUGUGAGGAAGAUAAGCAACAUACUAAGGACACGGGCCCAAAGAAAUGGACAUCAAGUGAUUCUUCAAGCGAAAAUUCAUGGAAGUCAUGGCUGAUUCCUGUGGGCAUUGCUUGUUUAGCAUCAUUGAUCUACAGGCUGUACAGACUGAAAUAGAGGAGCUUGGAUCACCAUUUUCAUUUGAUCAAAUUCAUUGUUUUCAUAUAGGUUCAGAUGCAUUUUACAUUUAUUACAAUGCCAUAGGUGUUUCAUUUAUUACUAUACCAUAGGUGUAUCCGUAUUGUUGCUUUAUUUUAUCCUGGGGUAUUUAUCUAGAGCAGCUUUCCAUUUCACACAAAGAGGUGCUUAUAUGAUGAAGUUAACAUUGUGUAAAAUAAUUGUAACAUCAAGCUCAAAUAUAAGUACCCUGUAUUUUUUAUAUUGUUUUAUAUAGAAAAUAUAUUCAUUGGUUCUUUGUCUUGACUUCAGUAUAAAGCCUUGUAUUUUCAUGGUUUAUCUGCCUGAUUUAUUAAAUAUUCACUGCAA